AGCAGCGCGCGAUGGGAGCGGUGUGGCUGUGCCUCGGGCUGGGCUGGGCGCUGGCGGCCCGAGUGAGCAGAGCGGAGGAACCGAGACUGCAGCGGGGCAUGCCAAAUGUCUGCCCCGUGUUGGAGCUGGUGCUGGUGGGACACCAACAGCCGUGUGUUCAGGCCUUCAGCCGCAUGGUGAAGAUGUGGAAACAGGGCUGCACAGGGAGGAGGUGGUGCAUGGGAUACGAGAGGAGGUCUGGUUACUACACUGUGUACAAGCAGGUGUACAGAAUGGAGCACCAGACUGUCUACAAGUGCUGCCCUGGGUGGGCUCAACACAACAGCGAACCUGGCUGCUUGCAUAUGUUGUGUGCUGCUGACACUUGCUUCAAUGGAGGGAAGUGUUCUAAAGAAGGACCUCACGUGUGCCAGUGUCCUGCAGGAUUUCAGGGUCCUCGCUGCCAGUAUGAAAAAGUAAUCUGUUCUAAGAAGAAUCAAGCUCUUGCUACUGCUGAACUUGCAGCCUUUCUAGAGCCAUCUGGAAACUCCAACGUGGUAGAUGACUCGGAGUGA